CCGGGUGGCGGGGCCGGGGGGCGGGAAACUGGCCGGGCGGAAGAAGUCGAGCCCGAGAAAUUUCCGGUUCCGGUGUCAGCUCGAGGCGCCGCCGCCGCAGCCGCCGGAGCCGCGAUGCCUAAAGGAGGGAGAAAGGGAGGCCACAAAGGCCGGGCCCGGCAGUACACGAGCCCUGAGGAGAUUGAUGCGCAGCUCCAGGCUGAAAAGCAGAAGGCCAGGGAAGAAGAGGAACAAGGAGAAGAAGGUGGAGAUGGGGCUGCAGGUGACCCGAAGAAAGAGAAGAAAUCCCUAGAUUCUGAUGAGAGCGAGGAUGAAGAAGACGAUUACCAGCAAAAGCGCAAAGGCGUGGAAGGGCUCAUCGACAUUGAGAACCCCAACCGGGUGGCACAGACAACCAAAAAGGUCACACAGCUGGACCUAGAUGGGCCCAAGGAACUGUCACGGAGAGAAAGAGAAGAAAUUGAGAAGCAGAAAGCGAAAGAGCGUUACAUGAAGAUGCAUUUAGCGGGAAAGACAGAGCAAGCCAAGGCCGACCUUGCCCGGCUGGCGAUCAUCCGAAAACAGCGGGAAGAGGCUGCCAGGAAGAAAGAAGAAGAGAGGAAAGCAAAAGAUGAUGCGACCUUGUCAGGAAAACGAAUGCAGUCUCUCUCCCUGAACAAGUAGAACCUGUGUGAGGAGAGACCAGGGAACUGGGCCGUGCUGCCAGGACUUCUGCUGCGUCUCACCCGCCCUGUGCCCCGGCGCCGCUGCAGCAGCCCCUCGUGGCGAGGAGCCCCCCACGGCCUGGGACCUCCUCUUCAUCUUGGCACGGAAAUCGUUUGGGGGGAUGGUGGGUGGGGGGCUGGGGGAGGGGCAGCUGCUAUCUUUGAGACAGAAAGAUGCAGGACAGCAUUUCAUAUGUAACCAUUCAAAUGUUUUGGCUGUUUUUAGAAUUCAGAACCCUUGUUGGGGGGCACUUGGGAGGUAGGUUAAGAGGAGCUUCCAUUUGUCUGGUAGAUUGAGAAGCAGGGGGUGGUUGGGGCCACAGUAGCUGCUGACAAGUUUGUAAUGGCCUGUCUGCCCACCCUCUGGUCUGUGUUCCCUGGGUGCUCACUCAAGAGGAGCUGGCAGCCCGUGCCCAUGGGUCCCUGAGGGUCACGGCUCAUCCUGGCCAGUCCCCUCUGACGGACGCUUCCCUGCCCUUCCCACCCCACUCCCUGCCCCCUACUCUGGCCAGGCCCUGGCCCAUUCGUAACCUUGCCCACAGAUCACUUCGAGAAACCUGUUUACUGUGCAGCACCCAGGCACAACACGCUCCACAAAUCCAACUUGUAUAUUUGGCAAAUUAAACUUGACAUUAUCGUAA